AUGCCUGCUCCAGCUCAAGUACCAGUCCUGAGCUUCGAGCCCCGAUCCGGCCAACCCAUCUCAAACGUCUCCGUUGGUCUCGAUGCCACCAUCCUCCGAUCCUGGCGGGACGGCUCAGAAUACGGCCUCGCCGACCCCAACUUCCCCUACUUCGCCAUGGAAAUACAAAUCUCUGGCUGGCGCUCACUACAGAACAUCAUCCUGGCUCGCUACACGGGCGGCAAGCUGAAGAAGGACGCGUUGUAUCAAUUGAAAGGCCGGUUCUUCGUCGAUACGACGAGUCGGGAGGCGGGGAAGUCGUAUUUCCAUGUUGAUGAGGCGAUCAGGUUCCAAGGACCUGGCACGAUUCGCAGUUUUAAGAAACCGCAGUUUAUGAUGGUGGGUGAGGUGGUGCAGGUUCAGGAUACGAGUUUGUUGCUGAAGUGGGUCACGAGGGAUCCGUAUCGGCGGGAUAUGGUCUAUGAUCAGAUGGCGGUGAUGAAUUUGGAGAAGCCGUUGACGGAGAAAGAGAGGGAGAAAGUUCGAGAUCAGUUGUGUUGUCUGGAGGGGAAGAUGGAAUCAGUAGAUCAUAGGAGUGAUUGGAUUUGCACCGGAAUCAGAUUGUGCUAA